AUGUCACACUAUAAUAGUAAUACAAGUAGUCAAAGAUCUGCAGUAAUUGAUUACGAACGUCAAUUCCAAGAAGAUUUAGAACGUGCACAGGCAUUGAGUUUAGAGAGUCUUGCCUUAGAAAAAUUUAAACUACAGAAACAACGUUCUGAAUUUAAUAAUAUACAACAACCAUGUGUUCCACAUAAUGAUAUACAUGGAGAAAAUAGUAUUGUACAUAGUAGUAUGCCAGAAACAGAUGGUGUACAUCAAGUUGAAAAAUUUCAGAGCAGAAGUCGGCCAAGGCCUGGAGCUUUUAAUACCAAUCAGUCAAAAAAUGUUAUGAUAAUAGCACCACCACCAAUUCCAUCUAGACGAAAUUCAACAUCAACUACAGCAAGCCACGAAGAGUCUGUGGACUUGAUAAAUUUUACAAGUCCUGUAAAGCAGAAUGAUCUAACUGAUUAUUGUUCACCUCCACCUCCUCCACCAAAAUCAUCAAUAGAACUAAACUGGGACACUCAUCCAUCAUUACUAAAAAAACAGACAAGAGUAUCGCGAAGUAGUAGUUCUGCUGCUUAUCACUCUAGAGAUUUUCAUUAUCAGUCACUUUCUCCAGGUCUUGGAUCUUCCACUGCACCUUGUACACCUGGUACUCCAAAAAUUAGUCCCGUCAUGUCAAGAUCUAGUAGUAUUAGCAGAAAUGUACCUGAUAUGACACCACAAAUACCUCCAUUACCUAUAAAUUACAGACCAAGUAUUACUCCUGCUGUGUGUUGUGGUGUUCAGAAGCCUACAUUCUCUAUGGACGAUGAGCAGCUAAAUGUGUUAAAAGUGAUAGAGAAAAAGCCAAAUAAUAAUCUUAUAGAUUUGAGUUCUUUUGAUCAUGCAGAAGAUAAAUCAAAUGUUCGAGUUAGUGUACUGGAAGCAUUCGAUCCAUUACUUGUUAAGACUGAAUAUCAAACUGAUAUCUCACAAGGACAGAAAGAUGACGCACAAUCACAAAUUAGUGGAUCAGUGUAUGAUCCAUUUGAUCCAUUCGAUUAUAUGUACAGCACAAAUGAAAGUGUUAAUUCGGAUCCAGUAUAUGUUGCUGUGGAAAAAUCUGCUAAAUCUCCAGCUGUAUCCCCAGCAGCACCACCACCACUGCCUCCUAGGAAUUCAUCUGCUUGGAACACUAUUGAAAGAAGGAGAACUUCUUUAGAUAGAAGACAAAAACGACAAACACGUUUAUACGAAAAUGUAACAGUGAAAAAAACCAGACCAUCGCUCCAUGAUUGUGACCUAAAAGCUUUUCACGAGAUGAUGAAGUCUGUGCGAAGUGAUUUUCCAUUCAAUGAUCCCAGUACAAACAUUGGACAUGUAAUCAGUCCAAUGAUGGAAAGUUUAUAUCCUGAAGGCACAAGUAUAAAAUUGGUUGUACAUCCUCAGUUAAUGGAUUCUGACGAAAAUACUCCGUCCAUUUCAUUUACUUGUGAUGUAAAUUGCAGUGUGGAACAUGUUAUUCUUAAUGUUGCUUGUUCCUUAGAAGAUGAAGAUACAGUAAACAUAGAAAAAUAUUGUUUAAGAGUGUGGGGAUUAGCAGAGUAUUUUGCACCUAAUACUACAUUAGCACAAUAUGAAUAUAUACAUCAAUGCAUUAAGUUAGAAAAGGACAUUGAAUUAGCUAUUCAAACUAAGGCACAAAUAAAAAGAUGUAUAGCACGUACACUCCAAGAUGAUAAUCGUGACCAAUGUCUCAAAUUAGAAGAUAUUCUUCCAAAUGAACCUGUUCAACCUAUUUCUUACGAAACACUGCUUAUUCUAUUGGAAACCGUAGAGAAAGAAAUGGAACGCGUGGAGACUGCAGCAAUACAAUUAGUAACUACAAAUCAUAGUUCCAGUCUUUUACCGCAAUUACAACCCCGUGGUGUUGUGCAAGCAGUAAAAGCAGUGUGCGCUCUAAUGGGAAAUAUAGAAACAUUUGAGAUCACGGAAGCUGUCGAUAAUUUCGUUAAUGCGUGUUGUCAAUUUUUACCUCAAGUUCACACAACAAAUAUUGAGUGCAAGAAACCUGAAAUACUACAUGAAGAUGGCGACUACUCUGUCGUCACUUUGAGAACUAAGUUUCCGGAUGUAAUUGGUUCUCACUGUCGGAAAAUACGCGAUGCUAUUCAAGAUCUUGUAGAAACUUAUUGCCACGCAUUUAGAGUCGAUUUCGAAUUAAAUAGUAAAGGAGAAUUCCCUACAAAUACAUUAAUAUCAUCCGAGGUAUUGGAUACUGUAUUAGUUCACGUUGGAGCAUUGCAUAGAUUACCAGGAUCAUGGAAACAUGAUGAUUAUAUUAUUGCAGCCCAAAUCUUUCAUGGAACUAGACCUGUUGGGAAUCCAGUUUUAUCCGAACCUAUGGCAGUCAGUUCUAAUUUUUAUCCUAGAAUUUUAUUUAAUUCAUGGUUGGAGUUUCACGGAAUAAGCGUAUGUCAAGUACCCAGAGAGGCGAGAUUGGUGUUAGUUUUAUAUGGUCGUACAUUACAACCUGCUGAUCAUGAAUCUAAUUCGUCUGCAGAAAAUACUAUGCAGAAGGAAGAACUGGGUUGGGGCGCUAUACAAUUUUUUGAUUACGAUGGAGUUAUGAGUCAAGGAAGUUUCUUCCUGUCUCUUUGGCCAGCGAUUGCUGACAAGAGAUUAGGUUCUGCCCCAGCACCUGGAAUCCAUCCCCACGGGGAUACACAUCCCAUUAUUGGUUUAGAAUUACCUGAUUAUGGAGGAAAGGUGUUAUUCCCGACGGAGCUGAGAGAUUAUGAUGUAGAGUCUCUCGACUUCAAUUCAUUGGAUCAGAAUACACAAGAGAUAUUGAUAGACAUUACUCAACAGAACACAUUUUCAAGACCACUUAUUGAAGAAAGAGAAAUUUUAUGGGAAAAACGUCAUUACCUACAUGACAGACCAGAAGCUUUGCCUAAGGUGCUUCUAGCUGCACACAGUUGGGACUGGGCAUGCUUACCUGAUCUUCAUGCAUCCCUUAGAGUUUGGUGUCCUCUACCUCCGGUUCAAGCUUUACAAUUAUUAUUGCCUUGUUUUCCAGAUAUGAAAGUAAGAGAAAUGGCUGUUGUUUGGAUUCGAGAACUGAGCAACGAUGAACUUGUGGAUUAUUUACCGCAGUUAUUGCAAGCAUUAAAACACGAAACAUACGAGACUUCACCGCUUACGAAAUUUUUAUUAGAACGAGCAUUACUUUCGCCACGAGUAGCUCAUCAUAUUUAUUGGUUGUUAACACAAGCGUUACCAGGACAAAGUCCGCAGGUACAGAAUUCUGCUGAAGCUACGCCAGAAGAUGACAAAAAUAUCAGUUAUGCACGUUACCACAGAAGGUUACAAUUCAUGCUACGUGCAUUGCUGGCUGUGAUUGGCGAAGCACUGAGGAACAGCUUCCUCACACAACAAUUACUAGUUAAAAAUUUACACGAAGUAGCAGAAAAUAUAAAAUUGACAAAAGAAUCACUGCGGAUGGAUACACUUAAAGUUGGUUUACAAAAUAUACAUUGUCAGUUAAUGGAAGAUGAUGGUACAAGCUUACCUCUGUCCCCUAGUAAACAAGUAUUUGGAAUAAACGUGCAAACCUGUUCAUAUUUUCCAUCAUUUACUCUUCCAUUGAAAAUCAAUUUUAUCAGUAGCGAUGAUGUUAUUUGUCCAGCAAUUUUUAAGGUCGGUGAUGAUUUACAACAAGACAUGUUAACUCUUCAAAUGGUUCGUAUUAUGGAUAAACUUUGGUUAAAAGAAGGCCUUGAUCUGAAAAUGGUUACAUUCGCUUGUGUGCCUACUGGUCAUAAGCGUGGAAUGAUAGAGAUGGUUACCGAUGCGGAAACACUAAGAAAAAUACAGGUAGAAUUCGGACUAACUGGCUCCUUUAAAGAUCGGCCAAUUGCUGAAUGGUUGGCAAAACACAAUCCUUCAGAACUAGAGUAUGAAAGAGCUGUAGAAAACUUCACUGCAUCUUGCGCGGGUUAUAGCGUCGCCACUUAUAUUUUAGGAAUUUGCGACAGGCAUAAUGACAAUAUUAUGUUAAAAACAUCAGGUCAUUUAUUUCAUAUUGAUUUUGGAAAAUUCUUAGGCGAUGCACAAAUGUUUGGUAACUUCAAAAGGGAUAGGACACCAUUUGUAUUAACUUCUGAUAUGGCUUAUGUUAUAAAUGGUGGUGAUAAACCUUCGGCCAAAUUCCAUCACUUUGUAGAUCUGUGUUGUCAAGCAUUUAAUGUUGUGCGAAAACAUGGAAAUCUUAUUCUUCAUCUUUUUGGAUUGAUGACUUCAUCUGGUAUUCCUGGUGUGACUGUUGAUGCAGUUAGUUAUGUGCAAAAGGCUCUUCUUCCCGAACAAACGAAUCCUGAGGCAGCAGCAACCUUUGCUCGAAUGAUUGAAAGUUCACUUAAAAGUUGGUUUACACAAUUCAAUUUCUUCUUGCAUAAUUUAGCACAAUUGAGAUUCUCAGGCGACCACAAUGACGGAGCACUAUUGUCUUUCAUUCCACGUACAUACACAAUGCAACAAGAAGGUCAACUAACAAGUGUUCAAGUACAUGGGUAUCAAAAACGCUAUGACCCUGAAAAAUAUUAUAUGUAUAUUUUGCGCAUACAGCGGAAGGGUCAUGCCGACCCCACUUAUUUAUUCCGAUCAUACAAAGAAUUUUGUGAAUUUUAUCAGAAACUGUGCAUUCAUUUUCCACUUGCUAAAGUUGCUAGUUUACCAAGCGGCAUGAGCGUCGGCAGAUCUAAUAUCAAACAAGUUGCUGAUAAACGUCGAGCAGACAUUGAAAAAUUCCUUGUAAGCCUAUUCAAAAUGGCACCUGAAAUUUCACAGAGCGAUUUAGUAUACACAUUCUUCCACCCUUUACUGCGAGAUCAGCAGAAUGCUGAUAUCCAUUUACGUAAAGUAAAAGUUGGCAAUUGGUGGGCUGAAAAAAGAGUCAGAGAUAACGUACAAAGCGGACAAAUUAAAAUGUCCCUUCACUACACUCGUGGAGCAUUCUAUGUAAUGGUUCAUCACGCAAGGGGCUUGCCUAAGGUAGCUAACGGUCAAGAACCAAAUACAUAUGUCAAGGUGUAUCUUAAACCUGAUCCUACAAAAAAGACAAAACGGAAGACAAAAGUUGUGAAAAAGAAUUGUCAUCCUUCGUUUAUGGAAAUGUUGGAAUAUAGAAUGUCUUUAGAUGUUAUUAAGGAAAGAACUCUAGAAGCUACAAUAUGGAACCAUGACACUCUCCAAGAAAAUGAAUUUCUUGGUGGAAUACGCUUACCACUUGAAUGUUUGGAUUUAACAACUGAAACUAUUGAAUGGUUUUCCCUAGGAAGUAUUCGAUGA